GUUCUUUGUGACAGAGAUCAAGGACACGAGAGAGAUCAUGGCCGACACUGAACCCGCUAAGAACGGAUCUGCCGUCCCGGCAGAGGAGGAGAAGAAGGAGGAUGUGAGCGUCGAGGAGAAGGCUCCCGCUUCGCUGGCUCCCGAGGAUGCCGAGAAGGAGGCCGUCCGCCAGAUCGAGUUCUACUUCAACGACUCCAACUUGCCCUUUGACAAGUUCCUCUGGACGCUCACACGGAAGGACCCCGAAGGGUUCGUUCCCAUUGCCACGCUCGCGUCGUUCAAGCGCAUGCAGCCCAUCAAGGAUGCUAUUGGGCUACCGAAGAUUGCAGAGGUGCUGCGCUCCAGCGAGUUUCUCGAAGUGUCCGAGGAUGGCGAGCGUGUCAAGCGCAGGAAGCCCCUGGUCCCCGUCAAGGAUGCCUUUGCGCGAUCGGUGUACGCCAAGGGAUUCCCCGAGGAGCACGAGACGCUGCAGCAGGAGCUCGAGAAGUUCUUUGCCCAGUUUGGAAAGAUCAACUCGGUCAGGAUGAGGAGGGACGAGAAGAACAAGCGGAAGUUCAAGGGCAGCGUCUUUGUCGAAUUUGCCGAGAGCGAAGACAUGGACAAGUUCCUGGCCACGGCUGGCGCUGGCGAGAAGAAGGAGGGCGAGGAGGCCGCCAAGUCGGAGGGUAUCAAGUUUGGUGAUGAACCCCUUGUCAUCAUGUCCAAAGACGCAUACUGCAACAUGAAGAUGGCCGAGAAGGGCAUUGACCCUAGCGCGGUGAACCGCGGCGCCAAGGACAAGUCUCGGGGCCCCACCAAGAAGUUCAACGCCUUCCGAGAGAUGGAGCUCGAAUCACGCGGAGGCAGCAGCGCCGACGGCAGCUCGCGCAAGCGCAAGGCAGAGGACGAUGCGGAGACACGCAAGGAGCAGGCGCGCGAGAACCGCAAGAAGCCGCUCGAGUUUGAAUUCCUUGGCUGCAAGCUUCGGACGGGCGAAGACGAGAAGAUCAGCAACGUCGACGACCUCAACUACUCCAAGGGAAGCGUGCUGAGCUUCACGGGCGCAGGCGAGGGAGGCAACUACCGAGACCUCAAGGAGACGCUCUCGACGAUCCUGCCCACGUCCUUUGUCGAUUUCCCCAAUGGCGCCGUCGAGGGCGCUGUUGGUUUCGAGGCGACUGUCGACGAUGCCAAGUACACUGAAAUCGACAACAAGAACAUCCUUGUUGGCGGCAAGCCAGUGCAGUGGAGCCGGGUCCCGGAAGAGCGCGAAAAGCAGUUCUACAUCGACCGAGCCAACUUCAGGGCGGGUUUCCUCAUCCGCAUGCGCGAGGAGAAGGAGGCUGGCACCGGCGGUGACCACAGGGGCGGGCGAAGCUUUGGAGGCAGGGGUGGCCGAGGUGGCAGGGGAGGCGGACGAGGCGGGCGCGGUGGGCGUGGCGGUGGACGCGGAGGUGGUCGGGGUGGUCACCACCACCACCAGAACAAGGGGGGCGACGGAGGCGCGACGGCCUCCUCCGACCAGAAGCCUCCUCAGAUUGUCGCUGCUGGCGACUCCAACAAAAAGGCCAAGACCGAGGAGUAGAUUCUUCCUUCCUCUGUUUCUUUACAGGCUCCAUAGUGUACAUUUUGCUACCCAAAUUUUACUCCCAUAUUCGCUACAUUACAAUC